UGUAGAGUAAAUAAGGAACUUUCCAUAAUGAAUAUUGAAUUACUAGCAAUAAAAACGGCUAUUGACAUGAUCAAUUCUAAAACGGGACAAAAUUUCCUAAUAUGUACCGACUCUAAGUCUGGAUUACAAUCCCUCAAGAACAAAAGCAUCAAAGAUAACUUCAUUAAAAACGAAAUCAUAAACAGCAUAACAUCCACCAAUAAAAACAUUAAGCUCCAAUGGGUUCCAGGACAUAGCAACAUAACUGGUAACGAAGUGGCAGAUAUGUUAUCAAAACAAGGUUGCAAUGAACAACUAAUGAUAAACACAAAAAUACCUUUAACCGAUGCACUGAACUUGGCAAAAGACGAAUCCAUAUUAGAAUGGCAGGAUGAAUAUGAAAAACUAUCGCUAACUAAAGGUAAAAAACAUUUCCAAAUACUUAAAAAACCGACCCUAAAACCUUGGUUUACAAACCUAAACUUAGGAACACAACAAAUCAUAACUAUGGGGAGGCUUAGAACUUUCCACACACUGGACAAAGAAAAACUCUUCCUUUGGAAAAUGACAGACAAUGACAAAUGCGAAAUUUGCAACACGACUGAGAACAGUGAGCACAUACUAUUCCGAUGCUAUAAAUAUACCCUCUCUAGAAAUAACUUCCCUAGCUUGAUAAUAAACGAAGACCUAGAAACACUCCUAGCGAAAACAAAUAGAAAAACUUACCUAGAAGUAACACGAUUUAUUAAAUUUAAUAAUAUUUCGCUCUGAGUCACUUAGGCCAGUGCCGAUUCGAUAUCUAAAAGAAGAUGUAAAAUAAUAAUCAUAAAUAUGCAACUGCCAACUCAAAUUAUAAAAAUCCAACAACCCUCGCAGUAGUAAACAAUAAUAACAAAAAGUGGCAAAAAGAAGCCACAACAACACUUCCACUUUCACGCGUGACACAGCGGUUGACAAGACUUGGCAGUAUAGCUCGUACAACAACACACGAGCUGGCCAUUACCACCAAACGAAGAAGAAGAAGAAGAAAAUUUAGUAUUUUUUUGUGUAACGAGGUCAUAAUAAGCUUGCGGCGAUUUCCUUUUCAUAACGGAUGCUGUAAUGGUCGAUUUUAUGUUGAAUGUGGUAAUUCCAAUCAAUUAAACUACUGAGGAAACGAGUUGAAAUGUCAACGACGUCCCUUCCGGCCAUCAUCAUGGCUAACGGGAAACAAUCGAAGCCGGAUCUCAAAGCCGGCAUAAAGGGACCAAUAUCUGCCGGCAAAAGUGGGAAAGGCAUCGUUGGUAUUGCUGCCGGAUCCCUAACCGGGGGAGACAAGCACGAGUCCUGGCAGAUGGAGUUGCUUAUGGAGCGACUCCGGACCAAAGCGAAAUCUUCGCAGUACAAAUCUUUUCAGGAGAUGUCCAAAUCUGUGCGGAUGUCUUUAUUGGAAAAACGUUAUGCCUUAGAUUCUGUGGAGAAAUCUAACCUUCAGAAAACUUUAGAUAGUAUGCAGUAUUGCAUCAAAGUAACUUCCCGGCAGGGUUUGGUUGAGCGACUCGAUUGUCUUACGCGGCAGCUGGGGCUGAAAUUGAGCGAAGACACCUCCGGUCUGUUCAUCUCGUCGGAUAUGUUCUAUUUGGAAAUCAUACUCGACGCCGGGGGAACGGUGCAGGACGUCAAGGUGCACCACGAGUGCAAAAUGAAACAACAAAGCUGCAGCGAGCUGGUUUCCUGUUUGCAACGGGGAGAUUUCUCCGAUUUCACUGCUCAACUUGAAGGUCUGGCUUCCAUCUAUCAGCUGAAUGCCGAAAAGAAAAUCAAAGUGAAUGCAUUCGUCGCAUUGCAAGCUCUGGAGACAGAUUUGUACAAUCUAUACACGCUUUCUACUCAGCAUUUCACCGAUAUCCAUUCGUUGCUUCUGAAAUCUCCCCUGGGGGUUGUGCAAAAGCGCAGAGGAGGUCACGCCAUGAGAUUGGUGUACUUCGUGACUCCAUAUGACUUGUUAGAUCUGGAAGCGAAAAAAAUGAAGCCACUUACAACGGAAGUGAUUUUUGCCGAUAAAAUCGGUUGCAGUGUUACGGUUAAUUUGGAAGCUUCGACAGCUAACAAAUUGCAAAUUCAACCCUUGCUGGUGCAACAAGGAAAUUCACCGGUGUACAGUCCGAUUGAGAAACACAACUCAACUUCUUUGCCGGCCACCUUCGUACUGCGCCUGAAAAGUCCGACCGUGAUCAACAAACAAAUGCUGACCCAGAUAAAACUCAUCACUGGCGAUAAUUCCCCAGGAACCGACCCUGGAACGUCGUUCUCGUGUUUAGUCAGUUUACUUGUGCAACAUUCGUCCAACGGUGCAAUCAAAAAUAUUGCCAAGGGCUUGUUCGUAACUUUGCCCGAUCAGUAUCAUUGCUAUUAUCUAGCUGAGAACAAAAACUUACAGGGGACUAUUGUGAGCAGUAUUCCUUUCACCGAGCCGCAACACGUGUCCAAGAUUUUAAUAUUCCUAAGGCAGCAAGCUCUCUUCAACCAGCUGCUGGUCAGCUGUGUGCGGAACAAUGGUGCAUCCAGUACGCGUAUCAGCGACUACGAACAGCUGCUGGUGUUUGAAGUAUCGGCUCUGUCCUGUCAGCAGAUAACCGUUUCUCUCCAGCAUCCGUUCGAGGAAUCGCUUGCCAUGGUGGAAUUCGAUCUACGCAACAUUUUGGCAAUAAAAGUUCGAAUUUUCUACGGUGAUUACGAGUGUGACGAACGGAUCAUCAACCGAGUGUCUCUAAUCGUGCAACGGACUCUUUCGAUUCCGGUGACAUUGCGUGCUUUGAUGAAACUAUGGGAUGAGGAAUACGAGGCGAAGUUUAAAGGAAAACAAUUGACUGGAGGUCCUAAUCCUGGUGGUGGCGAAGAUGGAAAUUUUAGUAUGUCGAUGGGACCCGAUGAUGGUGGAGGGAAUGGGUCUGGUGGACCGGGUGUAGAAACUGGCGGAAGUGGAGGUGGUAAUAUUGGUGUUGGUCCGGGAUUAAAUGGACAGCAAACUGGAAUGGUGCAUCAGAUCAAAACUGAACCGAUGGAUCCAGUGGCAAAAAAACGACGAGGCGGGGAGGAUUUUUGUAAAAGCCCAAAGAGUAUCAAAGUAGAAACGGAAGGAGACGAUGAGGACAUCGAACAAGACGAGGAAGAUGAUGAUGAUUAUGAGGAGUCAACGAACAUGAGCAGCGGUGACUCUAACAACUCUUUGGGUGGAAAUCAAACGAACAUGGCACAACAUAUUGCAUCAUCAUCAUCAUCAUCGUCGUCGUCGUCUUCGUUGAAAACAUCAUCCCCCACAAAUGUCUCAAUCUCAUUGACUGCUCCCAUCAGUAGAGACUCGACAGUAAAUAAUGUGGUCAAUUUGGAAACGUCAAAAUCGGAUUCUGACCUAGUCCGUCCAGCCCAAACGAUUCGCGAUGAUUUUUUAGAUACUGUAAAAUCUGAUCCUAGCUUAUCAAAACAUUCAUUCUCUUCGAAUAACAAAGCAGCGGAGGAGAAACAUUCAUUCACAUCCUCUGUUAGUAUUACUCCGAUAGCGGUUGGCAAACAAGGAUCCGGUUCUUCGAAUCUCAACAGCGUUGAGAAGCGGUCUGGCAUCGAAAUAAUUCCGUUGACCAAUUCGUCGACAACUAUGUCAUCCUCUGUUACCAUUACACCGAUUCCAAUGGGCUCAUCUGGUGGGUCUUCAAGAAGUGGUGGUUCUUCCGGAAGUAGUGACAAAAAACAUAGUAGCGGAAGCAGCAGUUCCAGUCGAAAAAGUAGCAGUAGUGAGUCCGAUCGUGCUCGAAUGGAGAAAAAGAAAAAGCGCAAACACGAAGAACAAUUGGCUUUACUGCAACAACAAAUGGGACCACCACACAAGAUACCAUCGAAAAAUGAUGCUCCUAGUUCUCCUUCAGGUAGCAGUCGCAAGUUUACCGUAUCGCCCAUCCCAACCAAGAGUAGUAGCCCUAGCAGCAGCAGCAGUAAAUCUAGCCCUAAGCAUUCACCUGUUCACCACAGCAGUCCCAAACAUCAGGGGAAUUAUGGCACAUCUUCACCGAAGCACAUAUCUGGCGGGAGUUCAGGUGGCGGUAAACCAAGCAUGUCUGCCCUCAAGUCGGCAACUAGUAGCAGUAGUAGCAGUCCCAGUUCCAGAAAUAAUGAAGAUGGUAUCGCUUUAACAUCAGGAGGAAGCAGCAAAAGCGGUGGGGGUAGCGGAUCUUCUUCAUCACGAGAUAGAGAUCGUGAUAGGGAUCGAAGCGACAAAAAGUCGGGCUAUUCGUCUUCUUCCAGUUCCUCGAGUCCAAAGCUAAAAACUCCUGCCGUAAAACUAAAGCAGUUGGAUUUGUCUAGCUGUGGAACGUCACUGGCGGCUGGAGUUCAGUUGGAAUUGAUGAAUAGUAACAGCAGUGGAGGAAGCAGUGCAGGAAGUGGUAGUAUUGAUUUUUCUGACAACGGCAUAUUUGGAAGCACACCAACAGAUUUGUCCAAAAAUCACACCAACGCAGCCUCGGCUGCAAGUAUGUUGUUGUUACAACAGGCAAUGAAAAACCGUAAAAGCUCUCUCAGUGCUGUGAUUGAUAAGCUCAAAUCUGCCCAGAGUGGCGACGAAAGCUCGUUGAUGCUGCUACCGGAGUUAGCCCAACAAGCAGGCUUUACAAUAAAAGAAACGUCUUCUUCCAGCAAGGCCACCAGUGCCUCUGUAUCAAACCUCACGAGUGCUUCAGUUUCGUCCGCCGCCACCGGAUCUUCCCCAGCAUCUCUAACUGCGAUUUUUUCCGGUCAAUCAGCAGCAGCUACAGCAGCAGUGGCAACUGCAGCUGCAUUGAGCCAACUUACGUCUGCUUCGCUGCAAGCGGCCAAAGGAUCCGAAUACAUGGUCAAACCGAGUUCUGAAGGCAUCAAGCUUACAAUUCAAAAUAAAAAAGGCUCUAAGAGUAGUAGUUCGUCCGGCAGUAGCAGCAGCAGCUCUAAAUCCGGUCUCAAACCAGGAAUAUCGAGCGGUCCGUCUAAAAAAUUGUCCAGUUCGCAAAGCUUCAGCGGGCUGCCAUCAGUUUCUGGAAAAUCUUCUAGCUCUAGUUCAUCCAAAUCGUUCCAAAAAUCGAGUUCUUCAGGGUCGCUAGCCAGUUCUUCAUCCAGCUCGAUACGUUCAUCGUCGAAAUCUGGUUCCAGUUCUUCAUCGAGCAAAGAAAAAUCCCGUAGCAGCUCAUCGAAGUCAUCUUCGUCGUCGUCAUCUUCGAUAAUGGCCCAAAAUGCAGCGAUGGCAGUGGCCGCUGCUCAAGCUGCUGCAAACGCAAAUGCGCUGAAUGUGAUGAAAAUGUUAGGCUUUACAUCAUCCAUUCAAAAUAUGGAAGGGUUUGUCAAAACACUUGAUACGAAAUUUCAAAUUCCUAAACUUUCUGCGAGAACCAACUCUGAUAUUGACAAGUUGAAGGAAUCUCGACCUACAUCAUCUUCUGCUCCGAAUACUCCAAUGUCAAGUAUUGCGCAAUCGCCAACGAGUGGAAGCGACUUUUCACUGCCUUUUAACAAACUCCCGGGCGAUGUCUCGCCUCUACAUUCGGCCAUGCUUCCAAAUGUGAUGCAAAAUGCGGCAAUGCUUUUGCGACGGUCGCCCAAUUUAGAACACCAAGGAUCUGGCGGCAACAGUCGUGAUGGCUUUCCAUCUAUAUACGGCAAGUGUUCAACAACUCCGACAACGCCUACUAACUCGGUUCCACCGCCGUUCCCAUCACCAGUGGGGCUUCAAAGUCAUGCCAUGGAUUUUUCCAGCAGCAGUGAUUCGGUGGAUGCUGCCAGUCUGAUGCGACCACCUUCCCGGCCUAGUAGCACAAUGUCGAACAAUAGUUCAUCGGAUAAGCUGAUUGAUGCUACGACCAACAGCAAUUCGAUGGAUGGAGGAUUAUCUUCCGGUGCGGCCUCUCAUCAGCAAGCACAGGCCUUUGCUGCAGCGGCUGUUGCAGCUCAGUUGAUGAACAAGCUCGAUAAUACUCAACAGUUGGUUGCGGCCCUGAAAAAUCAUCACCAGCAUAUGAGUGCGUUGAGCAAUGCAGCUGUCGUGGCCGCCGCUGCUGCUGCCGCUGCUUCGGGUGGUGGUUCGGGUCCGGUUCGAUCGCCGGCCUCAGUGUCGGUACAUAUUAUGAAGUCACCGGUGCCGAGUCCCUUGCCGCUGCAUGCCACCGCUGGAGGUUCUUCGGUAGACGAUGAACUGUUGGACGAAGGACUAGUUGGGGGUAAAUGACAAUUUGGCAUAUCGCCAGAAGAGUAUUUCUCAGUAGGUCUUUGAAAAGGCGCUGUUGGUGCGGUAGAUGUUCAGUAUGGUUCAAAAGUCAUGACGGAUUCAUUUUUUCAAAUGUUUGAUCAUGUCAUCUAUUAUAAAAAAAAUCAAUAUUACACAACAAAUAUGGUGGUGUAAUAACACUGAUUUGUAUUUGCGCCGUACUUCAGUAGAUUCGUCUUGGUGUGGUUCGAACUGCAGUCCAAUUUAGAACAAUAAAACUUCAAAUAAAAUUGUUCAUCUUUGAAAACAUGAACCAUCGGACAUCUGCCGAACGCAAUGUCGACGGCAUCGAUUUAAAAUCCAUAUUAUGUACCUACUACAAACUUAUUUGAGUGAGCAAAAAAAAAACUUUAUCGUUCGUUUUCACAGGCAUAACUUUCGAAUGAAGUACUCUGAUUAAAAUAAUUGAAAUUAGUUAAAUAUUAUUUUCUUACACAAGCGCGUCCCUUUGACUAUGAGAAGAUCAGUAGUUACACUAGCACUUUUAUUAACUUGUUUCUAUAAGGCAUGCGGCUAUCGACAUUAUGUGGACCUGCCGGUUUUUAGCAGUAGAAUGAGUUGUCGAAGAUGUAUCGUAAAAUAAUAUGAAACCUUAAUAUAGACUGGUUUUAACUGGUUGGCGGCUACGCUGAAAUCAUUAGUGAGAUUUUAUUGGUGAAUAGUACUGAACCCUGAUCGAUUUCGAUGUAAACUCGGGGUCAAAAAAUGAUGGUUUCCAAACACUGUUUCGGGGAUAGUUGUAUACAAAAAAGUGUAGAACAGAUUGGGAUGCCCGUCACCCAUUGAUACUUUCGAAGUUAUUUGGUAAAUGUAUUUACACAUAAGAGAAGCAAAUAGGCGGAAUAGGUUCUUGUUUACCAUCACUGUAAAGAUUCAAUAAAUCAUCGGAUGAAUAGCUUGCAAAA